CCUGUAUAUACUUUCGUUCGCUAAUUAGUUUAGAUGAUCUCUCUUUGCUUUUUAGGAAUGGGAUCCAUAAUAUUUACUCCAAAUCUGAGCUAUUCCCUUCUAGGAGAAGGCAAGAAUAUUCUUUCAGCAAAACUUCAGCUGCCGCAGAGUUUAACUGGAACAUGGCUGAAAAACAGAGAAUACACGCGCGCAAAUAACCAAUCUCAUCGUCGUCGGAAACAUAUAUUUAAAGUAUUUGAGAAUCGAGUUGCUCAUGAGGAUGGUUCUACUGCUGAGGCCGUCGAAGUGAAUAAUAAAAUUAAGGAUAUGAUCUCAUGCAUAAAGAUUCUUAUGGUUACAAUAAAAGAGGGACGAAUAAGUGUGUCAGCCUAUGAUACAGCAUGGAUUGCACUUAUAAAAAAUAUUGAUGGGUUUGAUACUCCUCAAUUUCCCUCUUCGCUGGAGUGGGUCCUCCAAAAUCAGCAUCCUGAUGGCUCAUGGGGAGACGAACAUUUUUUCUCUGUGUAUGAUCGCCUGCUAAAUACUAUGGCGUGCAUCAUAGCAUUGAAGUCGUGGAAUGUUGGCACUCAUAACAUGGAAAAAGGAAUAUCGUAUGUGAAGAAAAAUGUGUGGAAACUUGAAGAUGCUUCUGAAGCGCACAUGACGUGUGGGUUUGAAGUCAUAUAUCCUGCCCUUGUUCGAAAAGCAAGCCACUUAGGAAUUCAUGAUAUUCCAAUCCCCAACAAUAUUUAUACCGCAAGGGAUCAUAAACUCAACAAGAUACCAAAAGAAUUGAUGCACCAGGUGACAACAACACUACUGUAUAGUUUGGAAGGGCUGGAAGACUUGGAUUGGUCAAGGCUAAUAAAACUCCAGUCAGCUGAUGGCUCAUUCUUCACAUCUCCAUCAUCUACUGCCUUUGCAUUCAUGGAGACUAAAGAUACCAAUUGCUUAAAAUUUAUCACUAACAUCGUCCACAAAUUUCAUGGAGGAGCUCCCCAUACUUAUCCAGUAGACUUAUUUUCGCGACUAUGGGUGGUUGAUAGACUACAACGCUUGGGAAUUUCUCGUUUCUUUGAGGCGGAGAUCAAGGAUUACCUAGCCUAUGUAUAUAGGUUUUGGAGUGAAGAUGGAAUUUAUAGUGCACGAGAUAUAAAUUAUAGUGAAGUUGAUGACACAUCUAUGGCAUUCAGGCUUCUACGCUUGCAAGGAUAUGAUGUUAACCCAAAUACAUUGAGGAAAUUCAAAGAGGGUGAAAAAUUCUGUUGCCACAAAGGUGAAGUGACACCUUCUACGACGCCAAUGUAUGCUCUAUAUAGGGCUUCCCAAAUCCGAUUUGCAGGAGAAGACAUUCUUGAAGAAGCCUACCACUUCUCUUGCAACUUCUUACAACAUUGGUUAGCAGGCGAUCAACUCCUCGAUAAAUGGGUUGUAUCUAAGGACUUGUCUAAUGAGAUAAAAGUUGGAUUGGAGAUGCCAUGGUAUGCCACGUUACCACGAGUAGAGACUGUGUAUUAUCUGCAGCAUUACGGUGGUUCCACCACAGUGUGGAUCGCCAAAACCUUAUACAGGAUGCCAGAUAUUGAUAACGAUGAUUAUCUGGAGCUCGCAAAAUUGGAUUUUGGGAGAUGCCAAUUCGAACAUCAGAUUGAAUGGAAUUAUAUGCAAGGAUGGUAUAAAAGUUGCAAAAUUCAAGAAUUUGGGAUGAGCAGAAAAGAAAUGCUGGUAGCUUACUUUUUGGCCGCCACAACUAUAUUUGAACCAGAAAGAGUAAAAGAGAGAAUUGUGUGGGCAAAAUCUCAAUUGAUUUCUAAGAUGAUCAGAACAUUUUUAGAAAAAGAAGCCUCCAUAGAACAAAAAUCUCUUCUACUAAAAGAAUUCAGAAACAACAUCAACGGCUCACACAAAUUGAAUAGUGUUGAGACAGUGGAUCGUGCAAUCAACGUUCUGCUAGAAGCCAUCUACGAGCUAUCAGAAGGUUUUGAUGAAUGUAUUGGCCUUCAGCUAAAAAACACAUGGUAUUUGUGGCUGAUGAAGUUUGACAAAGGAGAAGACGAAAAUUUAUGGGAAGACGCAGAGCUCCUUGUCACCACGUUAAACAUUUGCUCUGCUCAUUUUCCACAAAACGACGAUAUAUUGUUCCACCAUGAAUACAUAACUCUGUCGAAGCUCGUAAAUAAAAUCUGUCACUAUCUCUCUCAGAUUCCAAAUAAAAAGAUGUUAAAGUAUGGAAGGAGCGCAUGGAAAGGCAAGUUGAUUGAGGUAGAAGCAGAUAUGCAGGCAUUGGCAAAACUAGUCCUUGAAGAACCCAGCGGCCUCAACAGAAAUAUCAAGCAAACAUUUCUGUGUGUGGCAAAAACAUUUUACUACAGUGCCUACUUUGAUGUCGAAACUAUUGAACUCCAUAUAUUCAAAGUACUAUUUGAGCCGAUUGUAUAAGUGUUUAGCAUCCGUGUUCGAAUUAGUGGAUCCAAUAUCGAGUUGUAGACACAUUUCUAAAUAAUAUUCAUCAGGUCCGGUCGCCCAGUGGGCCGCCUCAGGCCCCCCACCAAAAUAAGGCAUUAUUAUUUGUAUACAUAUAUUGUCCUUUUCUAUUUUAAUAUGAAGUUAGAAUCAAAGAAAUGAUAAA